GUGUGUGUGUGGACUGAGCGAUGGCCCAGCGCUGUGGUGAAGGCCAGUACAUGGACCGGCUGCUGCGAGAGUGUGUGUCCUGCAGUCUGGUGUGUCACAACAACCCUGUGGUUCUCACACGCUGCUCUGAAUACUGCGUGUCCUGGAGAUGUAAAGCCGUGUCGGGUCAGUUCUACGACCGGCUGCUGAAGAAGUGUCUGAACUGCUCUGAGAUCUGUGGCAGUCACCCGCCGGCCUGCUCAGACGCCUGCAAGAUGACGCCGGGUCCUGUGGGCGUGUCUGCAGUUCCUCCGGUCACCGGCAGGGGGCGCUCAGGGGUUCACACACACACACCCGCGCUGUUCUCAGAGGCGCUGCUGUUCUCACUGCUGGGGGUGUGUGUUACUGUCCUGCUGUUCACACUGACCACUGCGAUCCUGAUGCUGAUCAGGAGAGCCAAACACCAGCAGGACACCAGCAAACAGCAGCACAACCAGCACAACCAGCACAACCAGCACGCACAGUCAUCCAAAGAUUCUCUGAUGACUCGAGCUGCUGAUGUGAACCAGGAUCAGGAUCAGGACAGAUCGAGAGCCACAGAAACAUGUGUCUACUGCUUCUCUGACCACACGGUGGCGCCACACACACACUAUCAGCAGGCCGGAGAGAACAGCAGCACACACACACACACACAUCAUCCAGCGCUCACACACUCCGACAAGAGCCGGCCGUUCAGGAUCAUAUGUUCUCCUACUCAAACAAGCAUGUGAUGAAUACUAGUGUCCGAUGCGAGUGUGAGG